AUGAUCUCUAACUUUCAACAAUGUGUUUUUCAAGUUUGUUAUCCGAAGAGUUAUUCUGCCUUGAAAAAGUACAAACAACAUUUGGAUGAAUUGGAAAUCAAGGCUAGUGGUAAUAGUGCAAAGAAGAGUCAAGACAAUUCUGACAAUGAUUCGAAGAAGGUUAUUCAUCAUGAGAGCAAUGAAGUUGCUCAAUUAAAGGAACGAAUGGAACGUGAGAUUCAACAAAAUGAAUUGGAAGCUCUGAGAAAUUAUGGAAAACCUGUUACAUAUGGCUCAUCAAUUCAAUUACUUCAUGUACAAACUCAAAGCUUUUUGACUGUUGCGAGAGAGUCUGCAGAAAUGCAGAAGGAUUGUCUCAGAUUAUCAUUGGAUGAUGUUGGAUCGAAGUAUUCACAUUUUUCUCUACUUCCAUAUUUCAAUUAUCGUAGAGAUGGAGAAAUUGUGAAACUUUCUGACAAGAUUAGAAUUUGGAAUAGAAAAUCUGCACAAUAUGUACAAUUUUCAUACUAUAGAUAUAGUAAUGCUGUAGAAUCAGGCUUGAAGAAUGCUCAAAGUAUUGGUUCAAACGUUAAUGAGAUGGAUAAAUCAUCUUACACACAAUUAGCUAAAGAAGCUGUAAAGAAUAAUGCCAACCUUAAAAAAUUCACAUACGACAAUAGAAGAGAAGUUAACAUGUCAGCAUCGAGUGCAUUCUCACAUUGGAAUUUGAGAGUAUUUUCACCUUGUAAAGAUUCCCCUACAGAAAGUAACAAAUUCCUCAAAGCAGGUGAUAUAAUAAGAAUUUAUCACAAAGAAUUUGAUGGUUUUUUAACUGUCAAUGAAAAGACUGGAAGAGUCAAGCUGAAAAAGUCAUUUAUCAAUCCUCUUAUUGGAAGCUCAGCAAAUGGAGAGGCAUCUUUUUCAAAUUCAGGUUUAAGUUCAAUGAAGGGAUCAGGUAUGAAGUCAUUCUCAUCCAAAUCAAGUCUGGUCUCUGGUCAAUACUCUAGUUCGUUCAAUCUGGCAGAUUCCUUCUCAUUGAGCAGUAAGAGUAGCCUGUCACUGGUUGACUCUUCUGAGAAUACUCUUUCUGGUGUUAUACAGGAUGACUUUGAUGUAACUUGUCAUACAUUGUGGCAAGUAGAAAUGUUGGACUCAACCAAAGGAGGAGAGUUGAGGAAGAAUUUCGUUUAUAGGUUGAGACAUGUCAGUACAGGAAACUAUCUCAUAGCAAGAAUGGCCACUGAUGAUGAAGAGAAAAAAGAAAGAGAUGCAGAAGAUGCUGAAAUUUCUGAAUUCUCUCACAGUUCUUUCUACAUUUCAUCUGAAUCAAGCUCUAGUUCUAUUCAAUUGCAUAAUACAACAAGCCCACUUUCUAAAACACCAAUCAAAACCAAGAAGGAGAAUAAUCUUAGCUUGUUCGUAGAACCACAAGAUAAUUGUACAAACCCUCUCAAUAUGUUGUUUAACUUGCAAGAUUCCAUGCUUUCUACAGAUCACUCUGAGUUUUUCUUGAAUGGGCAAUUCAGACUCAGACAUUAUCUAACUAAUACUUGGUUGCAUUCAGUUAAUUCGCAGAAAGCUUUUUCUAAAUCAUCUGAAAGAGCCUCUCUCAAAUCUCAUUACUCACCAGUAUGUACCACUCAAGGCAUGAGAGAGGAGGAUGUAUUGACUUGUGUGUUGGUUUCCAGACCAGAAAGUGAAGACUUGUUCACAGUGCAAAGUUACAUCCCAAUUCUCAAAUACUUUACUCAAAAACUUAAUGAUGGAUCUGUAAAUAGGAGUGACAUCAAGUUGUACAUUGACGUAAUUUCUAGUUGUAUAAGAUUUUGUACUAGCAGUUCUGAAAUGGAUCCCCUCCUGAGAAGUGGUAUUCCAAUCAAAAAAAACCAAAAAUUAAUGAGAGAAAAGGGUGUCAUUACUAUUGUUAUGGAUAUUUUGAUGGCACUUAUUUCUAAGAAUUAUGUAAAAUUGGAAGAGUUAUCAACAAUUCAAGAAAGGAGUGACAAGAUUGACUUUUUUGAUGUAAUUCAGUAUUCAUACAGAUUCAUUAGACAAGUUGUACUUACAAACGAAUCAAAUGGUUUAUUUAUGGCACAGUACAUUAACUUUAUUCAGACCAACAUUGAACAUAGUAUUAGUGCAUCUGAGGCUCUUUUGCAAAUUUUAUCCAACAAUUUUUCCUUGUUGAAUAAGAUUACAGAGGACCAAAUUGACUUUUUCAUCAAAUUAUUAUUCACAAACCCUACUAGUUCUAGUUCAUUGAAGCAACAUACAGAAAGAUAUGGAGGUUCUCUUAAGAAAGCUGUCUACUUAUCCUUCUUGACCAGUCUAAUCAUAUGUGAAGGAAAAACUGUCGUGAAAAACCAAAAGUAUAUUAGUAACCUGCUCUUCUCAACAUUCAAGGAGCAAAUGUUGAAGGUAUUUGUAAUACCAAGAAUUAGAAAAUCAGAUGAUAAGGUGAUUAUCGAUGUGAAUCGUGUAGAGUAUGAAUUGGUCAAUUUUUCAAAGUCUGCCACCAAUAUCGAUCAUAUUACUUAUUCAAAAAAUAAUUUUGAACUAAUGGUCUUCUUCCAAGAGCAAAUCAAACUCUUUGCUGCCAUGUGUACCGGAAGUAAUGAAGCUACCGAAAUGACAAGAGCAGCCAUUAUUCAGCUAUUUACUUUUGAAAUUGUGUACAAGUGUGUUGCAGAGUCGGCACUUACUCCAGCCUUGAGAACUUCUUUUGUCCAUCUGCUUAUGCACUGUUUCGUAGACACUGAAAAGAACGAAAAGAGAACAUUUAUUGAAUUGACUCGUAAACUUGAAUCCCUAUCUGGAAAGAGUGUUCACGAAUAUACAUCCCGUGAGCUUGGUGAGGUCAAGCAAUUUCUAGAAGUUUUCUUCAGAGAGAAUACCUCAUUAGAUAUUGGAUACGAGAAGAGAGAUGUCAAUAAUUUUAUUCUUUCCCUUGCUCAGUUGUGUGCAGGAAUGAUUGAAUUUGGUAUUUUCAAUUUGAAAGACUUUGAAGAGACAGAUCUCCUUGUUUCAUUAUUUAACAUUCUCAGAUCAGACAACGACACCAAAAAUGGCUUACCAUUACGUGAUGAAGAAAGGUUCAAGCAAUCAGAAGAAAACGUAACUGUAACUCAAAUCAAGAUUGAAAUUGCCAAGAUAUUUCACAUGUUGCUAGACUUGCUGUUAGAUAAGAGAAUUACGAAAUUCCUUCAAUUCUUUUGGAUGAAAUACAAAAUUGAUGAUAUCAAGAUUGUAAUAGAGGAAGAAUCUGACUCAUUGCUUGGUGUGACCUCCAAUGACAAACAACAAGCACAAUUGCUAAAUUUACGUAAAAAGGAAUUGGAUAGAAUAUUCCAAGAAAUGGACACAAAGGAAAAUCAGGUUUUGAAAGAUAUUUUCGAGAAUACUACCCUUCCUUUCAAGAUUAUGUCAGAGUUUUCACUUAAAAUUAUCAACUUGACCUCCUAUGAGAAUCAAGAACUAUCCACAAUAUGUCUUCGUUUAUUGAUCAGAAGAUACAGAGCAGCUGACGAGCUUGCAGAAGCUCUACCAAAAGUUGAAUUGAUUGUCUCAAGAGAAAUGGCUCGUUCCUAUGACCAUUUGAGAAAACAGACUGCCGACUUGAGAAGUAUUUUUGGUUAUGGUAGAAGUAAUUUCCUAGGUGCUCGUCACAUCAGUGAAUACGAAGUUAAAAAAGCUAUGAAAGCCCUUGGAGAAGUUAUUAGUGAUAUCAAAACUAAUGGAAAGAGAAGUCAAAGAAUUAUUCGUAAUCUCAAUUUAUUUGAACUCGUUUUGUCUGUUUUGAGGAAGGAGUGGAUGGUUCCAACUGAUAUUCAAGAAAAUUGCCUGACCAUUUUAACAGAGUUUGUUAGAGGUAAUCCAGACAAUCAGAAACUUCUCUUCCCUUACAUUGAAUUUUUCAUGAGACUGAUCACAGAGAACAAGAAGCUUAGCAAGUAUAUUGUUCUAUUGAUGUGUGAAAUUGUUAAGAAUAAUAGAACAUUGUGCAGUAUUUUGGAAGAAAAAUUAAUAGAGCAAUACUUUGAUUUGAUUGCUGAACAGAGAAGUGCCUUCAUGUUGCUUUUCUUAAGAACCAUUUUGGCAACUCAUAAUAAUACACCAAUCAAAAGAAACCAAUCCCUCAUUACCAAAUAUAUGGUUGAGAGAAAGAAAGAUGUUUGUGUUCUAUUCAAAGACGAAGAAGGUAUGAGAGAACGUAACAAUAGAAUUACCAAGGAAGAACACAAAACAGAACCAGAUGGUAUUCUCAAUUAUCACAUUGCACUAUUGCACUUGAUGGCUACUGCUGCUGAUGGCAAGAAUAGAGAAAGUGAGUUGCGUUUACAAACAUUGUUUUCUUUUGAAGAGUUGUUGGAACAAGUUGUUUCUCCUUUCACAUUGGCCAUGAUUAGAAAUCCUCUCAUCAAGAUUAUCAAUGAAGUCUAUAUCAAUGUGGAAAAGGCAACUGAUGACCACCAGGAAAAGAAAACCGCCAAUGUACAUCAUCCUUUGAUGUAUAAAAUGUUUUCAAAGAUGAUUAGAGAGUUGGAAUUUGUGGAGAUGCUUCAAACUCUAGAUGUGAAUGCAAUUGUAGGGUCAGAAGGAGCUACCAACUCACCUUCUCCCUCUGGUACUGGUGCUUCUCUAUCUGCUAGCAGUGCUACUAAAUUAUCGAAUGCUAGUGUCAGACCUUCAAUGAACCUUACCAAUCAAGCACUGAUUAGACAGAGUAGAGCUAUAACCAAUAGAAAUUCAUCCAUUGCACCUAAAAUGCAAGUAACUGAAGAGGAUUUGGAAAAAUUCCAUGUUGACAAUUACUAUAUAUUCGAAGUUAUGAUUCCAGUUGUUCAGAAUUAUUUCCACUUGCAUUUCCCUCCUCCUAAUCUGUUAAAGGAACAACUCGAUGUUGCAGAAGAUUUAUUGCUGAAACUCAUUGAUUUACACAAAUUCACGGCAAAUACUGACCAAAGAGAACAAAUUUACAAGUGUAUUACUGCCAUGUGGAAGAAGAGUAUGUCUUCAGAGUCACAAUUAGCCAUUACCAAGUUCGUAACAAACAAGAACACAAAGGCAAAGAUGACAAGAUCCAGAUUUGAAGUAUCUUCUACAGUAGAAACUGAUGAGUACAUUCACAAGAGCUAUACAAAGUAUUUGCAAAAAAGAAUUAUUAACAAGGUGGAAGAAUUUUCGCACUUUAAUAGGAUUGGUGCUCUCUUUGAAAAGUAUAACGGAUUUGUGAAGGUACUUGUUAGAGCCCUCAGAAAGAUUAAUACACCUCUAUUGAAUUACAGUCCAUCCCUUCUUGAAGUGGGACUUUUGAGUAUGGAAAUUCUCAAAGAUAUUGUCAGAUCUCAGAAUAAGAGAGCUAAAGAGGUGAAACAAAAGGGAGAGAACGAUGUUCCAGAAAUUGAAAAUUUGAACUAUGUGGAAAAUAAGCUUCCAGUAAUGAUCAUUGAAUUGAUGACAUCAUUUAAUCCUGCUAUUGUUAGAUCUGCCAUAGAUCUUGGUAUCUUGAUUUUGAACCGUGGUGAUAAGGCAAUACAGGAUGAGUUUUAUAGAAUAUUGACAGAAACUGACUCGUCCUACUUCUUUGAAUCAUUGAGAGAUAGAAUCCGUCUUGGUAAGACAGAAAUCAAGGAGAGAAAGAAUUACCUCAAGAAGAAAAGGGAUAAAGACUAUGCCUUGUUCAAACAACGUCAAAGACAAGAAGUUGCCAAGGUUCGUGCUAAGGAUGAAAAUGAUUCCUCCCGACCAAUGGAAGAGGAAGAAGAAAGAGAUUUACAAGAGGACUUUGUUGAAAUGGGACAUAUUGAAUUACUUUUCGAGUUUUUGAGACUUUUAUGUGAAGGACACAAUGUUGAAAUGCAAACACUUCUCUUAAAUCAACCAGUUAAUACUCUGAACGUGAAUGUUGUUACAGAAACAAUUGAAUAUAUGAUUGCUCUAGAGAAAAAGAUUGAUUUUGAUAACGUUCAAAUUGCUAUUCAAGGUUUCAAGACCUUGACAGAAUUCAUUCAAGGCCCAGCUCUUGUCAUCCAACAAGCUAUUGGUACUUCUCCGAGAUUCUACGCCAGACUGGUCAAUGAAAUCAUGUCUAAAACAUAUGAAGAUGGAAACUUGCUAAAACAACAAGAACUUGGAUUGAAGAGGGAAGUUUUACUUACUCUCAAUGCUCUUCUAGAAGGAAUGAACAAUAGUGUAUUUGAUUUUAUGAGACAUUCCCUGAACUUUGAUGAAUUGGAGCAUUUCCUUUUGUUCUCUGCCAGAUUUUUGCAUUCUCUAGAAACCAAACAUGAGAACUCUGAUGCAAAGGACGAAUACAAUGAAAUCAAGCAAAGGUUGAGAAGAGAUUUUGAUCAUCACUUCCUUCAUGAAGCCACACGUGACAAGGCUAAUCCAGUUAUUGCAGAAGAUUACAUUGCAGUCUAUAUGCCAAUGAUCAAGAAUUUAUUGAAAGAGACUGGUAAUUUUGCCUUUUUCUUGCUUAACAUUUUCAGAGAUGGUGAAAGAGAAAAUUUGAGAAAUAUUUCAAGAAGUGCCUUUAUUUCUGUAGAGGAAGAAAACAAACUUUUAAGGAUUACCAACAUGUUGGAUAAUCAUUCUCAAUUAGUUUCAGUAUUUUCCGAAUCGACAGCAAGUAUUGAAGUGUUGCGUGAUAACAAGAUUGAGAAGAUUUACUUUUCCAAACCAACCAUAUGCAACAAUUUGAUGGACAAGGCAAGAAGUAAUUAUGUAAACUCUCUGGAUGUCAUGGCACCUGAAGAGAAAGUUCGUACUCUUUACAACCAUACCUUCAGUAUUUUCCAAGUUGAAAUGGAGCAUUAUGAAUUGAUGAAGAAAAAGUCCACCAUCAAGGAUAAAUUAGAAGAUCUAGUUGGUAUAGCCAACAAACACACAGAAGAAGUGACAGAGUUUGUGCCUACAAUGGCUCAACUGAGAAAUAAGUACAAGAGGAAAAAGAAACUCUCCAUUGGAACUAGUUCUAAAAACAGGGACCAAACAGCAAGUUGGGAAUUUAUUGCUCACUGGUGGGACAGAAUUCGUUUAUUAUCUUUUAUAUUUUGUGUGGUUCUUAACAUUUUCGUUUUAGGAUUUUUGAAGAGACUCUACUCAGCAAACACAGUAGAUGACAUUCCAGUACCUGGAGAUUUGGAUUUUGAUAUUACGUUGGCAUCAAAAUAUCCUACAACAAGAAAUUUGGCUGGUGAUAUUAUUAUAACUAUUCUGGGAGCCAUUCAAUUGAUAACAACAGCAUCAUUGGCCAUUAUUUACGCAAAAGUUUUUAUUACUCUUGAAGUGAAGAAGAGAUUCAAACUCAAAAAGAGAGAGAAAUGGGAAAAUAUUCCAAGAAAUAGAGAAUUCUAUUGGAAAUUUAUCUUUUACGCACUUCAAGAUUUACAAAUGUGGUUCUUUGUACUGUACUUUGUUCUCAGUGUAUUAGGAUUAUUGAUAUCUCCAAUAGUUUACAGUAUUCAAUUGUUCGAAAUUGUUUUCAGAUUUAAGAGUUUGAAUGACGUGUUGAGGGCUGUCAUUUCCAAUGGAAAAAAGCUCUUUUUUGCAGGCAUGUUACUUGGAAUAACCAUGUUCUUGUUUGGAUUGCUAUUCUUCUCAUGGUUCUCUAAUGAUUUCACACUUGAAUCUAAUGGAACAAAAACAUGUGAAAGUGUGUUGGAAUGUUUUGUGACAAUGUUUGACUAUGGUUUCAGAAGUGAGUCAUCAUGGGAAAAUAUGUAUCCACACAAUCCAACUGUUGGAAGGGCCAUCCUAGACUUGGCAUUUAACAUGAUUGUAAUCGUGUACCUUUCUAACGUUGUGUUCGGUACAAUUCUAGAUUCUUUCCAAGAAUUGAGAGCAGCAAGAGAGGAACGUAAGAAUGAAAUUAGAGAAAAGUGCUUUAUAUGCGCUCUGGAAAAGAGUAAAUUUGAUACAAAAGCCAAUGAAGGAAUUACCUUUGAAAAGCACAUUAAGGAAGAGCAUUACUUGUGGAAUUAUGUCUACUUUUUAAUUUACUUGUACGAGAAACCUGAAACUGAAUAUACAGGUGUUGAAAGUUAUAUUUUCGAAAAGUGUGAGGAGAAUGAUGAUGUAACAAGCUUCUUCCCAAUAUUUAGGUCUAAAACAAUUGAGGAAAGCGAACAAACAAAGGUUUCAUUAGGAGGAUCGGAUUAA